AUGCCUCAAGAGGGCGCGCAACAUUCCAACUCUAUCGAGUGCCAUGACUCCCACCCCUCCGAAGUUCGGGAUAAACAGCACGAGCCCCUUACUAUUCCACUAAUUCGUGUUGAAUCCUCGCAUAACCCGGCCAAUCAAGAGGGCAGGAUCCUAUUAGCCCUAUCCGAUAUUAAAGAUGGCCGUAUCAAAUCUAUUCGCGCAGCAGCAAAGCUAUACGAUAUACCGCGUUCUACCUUGCAGACGCGUGCCCAUGGCCAAAUCUCACGCGCUGAUAAACGCCCAUCAGGCCAUAAAUUAACUCAAUACGAAGAAGAUUCGCUUACUAAGCCGUCUACUGUUCGAGAGAUAGCCAAUAUCCUUCUUACAGCGCGUGGAACAACCCCUCCAUUAACCGUUGGCGUUAAUUGGGCAUCAACGUUCGUUAAUCGACGCGAUAAGCUUCAAUCACGCUAUUCUAAACGAUAUGAUUAUCAGCGCGCUCUUAAUGAGGAUCCAAAGGUUAUACGAGAGUGGUUUUUGACGGUACAACGCGUGGUUGAUGAGAACGGUAUCCAACCAGAGGAUAUUUAUAACUUCGAUGAGACUGGUUUCGCAAUAGGCCUUAUUUCUGCGCAGAAGGUUAUUACUCGAAGAGAUUUAUACGGUCGGCGGCCUCUUUUACAGCCAGGAAAUCGUGAAUGGGUUACUGCGAUCGAAACGACAUGCGCUGAUGGCUAUUCACUACCGCCGUGUAUCAUAUUCAAAGGCCAGGUCUAUAUCGCUGGUUGGUUUGAAUCGUUAAAUUUUCCUCCGAAUUCGCGCAUUGAGGUAUCGAAUAACGGCUGGACAACUGAUGAAAUUGGCCUACGCUGGCUCCAAAAGUUAUUUAUUCCACUUACGAACUCGCGCGUACGAGGGCGAUUUCGGCUAUUAAUCCUUGACGGGCAUGGUAGCCACCUAACACCUCAAUUCGAUCGAAUCUGCGCUGAAAACGAUAUUAUACCGCUCUGUAUGCCUUCGCAUUCGUCACAUCUACUACAGCCGCUCGAUGUUGGGUGUUUUGCUGUGCUUAAACGCGCGUACGGUCGCUUCGUGAGCGAUUUAGCCCGGACUGGCUAUAAUCAUAUCGACAAGCUUGAUUUUCUAGCAGAUUAUCCUCGUGCACGGCUAGAAGCUUUCCAGCCAAAUAUUAUUCAGAGCAGCUUCGCAGCUACUGGUAUCGUACCAGUUAAUGCUGAUAGAGUGCUUUCUAAGCUUAAUAUCUCUAUCCGAACGCCUUCACCACUAUCAAGCCGACCAAGCAGCAGAUCUAGCCAAUUCACACCAAAAACGCCUAAGACAGCGAUUCAGCUAGAAAAGCAAGCUUCUAUGCUUAAAGAGCUUCUAAAACAGCGAUCGCAUAGCCCGCCUACACCGUCAAAGCGCAUGCUCGAUCAAAUUAUCAAGGGUCAUGCAAAAGCCCUACACCAUACUGCGCUACUAGUAAAGGAGAACGCUGAUCUACGCGCAGCGAAUGAAAAGAAACGUCAAAAGCGCACUCGAUCGACUAGGCAGAUUGCUCACGAAGAGGGCCUAUCAUUCGAAGAGGGCCUACAGCUAGUUCAACAGCAGAUUGAGCCUAUGGAAGCUGAUAGGGUAGUAUCGCAUGAACAGGUUGAUCUGCCUCAGCAGCCAAUUCAACCGGCUAGGAGGGCUCCUCCUACAUGCAGUGGAUGCGGAGUGACAGGGCAUAAGAUUAAUCAAUGUAAAAAUCGCCUAGUUCAGAAUGAAUUAAUGCGUUGUUGUUGA